CUUCCUAUUGAACGUUAUCAUUUCCUACUUCCAACACCAGCCGCCGAGCCGACCUGCAGCGCUGCCGGGAUGUGUUCUUUUUCAGCGAACGCCAUUGAGAUUCGCAUCGGGGUGUUAAUUUUUAGGUGAAAACAAAAUGACCGAAGUCGAGAGUAUUGAAAACUACGACGAGCAACCGGAGGCUGAGCCCCCAGUAGCUGUCUUGGACACAGUGUCCGUUCCCCAGCCAGCUGAGUUGCCCGACAUCAAAUUGUUCGGUCGUUGGAGCUGCGACGAUGUCCAAGUCAAUGAUAUGUCGUUGCAAGAUUACAUUGCCGUCAAGGAGAAAUACGCAAGAUAUUUGCCACAUUCAGCCGGACGUUAUGCCGCCAAACGUUUCCGCAAGGCUCAAUGCCCAAUUGUCGAACGUCUCACCAAUUCUUUGAUGAUGAAGGGACGCAACAACGGCAAGAAAUUGAUGGCCGUCCGCAUUGUGAAACACUCGUUCGAGAUCAUUCACUUGCUCACAGGAGAGAAUCCACUUCAGGUUCUCGUAACAGCCAUCAUCAACUCUGGCCCACGUGAAGACUCCACACGUAUCGGUCGCGCUGGUACUGUCAGACGUCAAGCCGUCGAUGUUUCGCCACUCCGACGUGUUAACCAGGCUAUCUGGCUAUUGUGCACUGGCGCUCGUGAAGCCGCUUUCCGUAACAUUAAAACUAUUGCUGAAUGCUUGGCUGAUGAACUUAUCAACGCUGCUAAGGGUUCAUCAAACUCCUAUGCUAUCAAAAAGAAGGACGAAUUGGAACGUGUCGCCAAAUCCAACCGAUAA